CCAACCGCCAAGUGCGGCAAAGCCGCUGACAACCUCGCUCAGAAACCUUCUCAACCUCACAACAUCAGUGCAGAGCACAAACCGCCAAUCAUGGCACAGAAGCGGCUGAAUGUGCUUGUUUACACAGGCACUGGAACCACUGGAGAAUCUGUCCGCCACUGCAUCUUCUCCCUGCGUCGGCUGCUCUCGCCAAACUACGCCGUUAUCCCCAUCUCCGAGUCUGUGAUUCUCAAGGAACCAUGGGCAUCUACCUGUGCUCUCCUCGUUUUCCCCGGUGGAGGUGACCUUGGCUACUGUCGGGUCCUCAAUGGCGAGGGAAACCGUCGGAUUAGCGAUUUCGUCCGUCGCGGCGGUUCGUACUUGGGCCUCUGCGCUGGUGGCUACUACGGCUCCAAGAGAUGCGAAUUCGAAGUAGACAACAAGCCUAUGGAGGUUGUAGGCAGCCGAGAGUUGGGCUUCUUCCCUGGCACAUGCCGUGGCGGCGCAUUCAAAGGCUUCGAGUACAGCAGCGAAAAGGGCGCAAGAGCAGUGACGCUCAAGCUUGCACAGGAGGCCUUCAAAGACAAGCUCCCAGCCAAUGUCGUCAACUACUUUAAUGGUGGUGGUGUCUACGUGGAUGCGGCUUCGGACGAUAUGCAAGCCCGCAAAGUUCAAGUUUUGGCCUCGUACGAAGACGAUCUCGAUGUGGACGGCGGUAAAGCUGCCGUAGUUCUAUGCAAGGUGGGAGAUGGUACCGCUAUCCUCAGUGGCACUCAUCCAGAAUUUGCUGCGGAGAAUUUGCACCGACAGCCAGAUAUUCCCAACUAUGACAAUCUGAUUGACCGACUUGCUGCAGAUAACCGUACUCGCACAGAGUUUCUUGCCGCCUGCUUGGAAUUGCUUGGUUUAGAAGUCAACAAAGACGCAGAUUUUAUCUUGCCGUCACUAUCUAGCCUACAUCUUACAGCCGACGACAACAAGAUUGUAGACGAGAUUCUGUUUUCCUGGCAGGAGGCCAUCGACAAAGAAGAUGGGCAAGAAUUUAUCAAGGCCGAAGUUGAUACCUUCCGCAUCCGCUGCAAAGAUUCCGCUUGGGAUUUGAACGAUCUCAAGGAUGCCCUGUCCAGACGAACAUCAUAUACUGUAGCUCAGGGUAUUCCAGACUACACCAAAAUCAUCAAAGACAUUGUAGCACACGAAAAUGCUCUUCCUGAUACGGCAAUUACUCCCCGUUUCAAUCACAGUCUCUUUUACUCGAGUUUGCGCAAGUACCGGUCAGUUGAGCGUGAGGCGGAGGACUGGGGAAGCGUGUUGCUCUACGGAGAUGUUGUGACGAGCACCAACUCUCUGCUUGAAAAAAACCCUAAAUUCAUGUCGAAACUUCCUACUGGCUUUACAUUUACAGCGUCAACACAGGUAGCAGGACGUGGUCGAGGCACCAACGUUUGGGUUGCGCCACCAGGCUCAUUACUCUUCUCGACCAUUAUUAACCACCCUGCUCACCUUGCCGCUUCACGACCGAUUGUCUUUUUACAAUACAUUGCUGCUAUUGCUACAGUAGAGGCGAUCCAGUCCUACGGGAAGGGAUACGAGAAUCUGCCUGUGAAGCUCAAAUGGCCCAACGACAUCUAUGCCUUGGAUCCCACAAAGCCAGCUGAAAGCAAAUCAUACGUCAAGAUUGGCGGUUUGUUAUCGCAAUGCGGAUACUCCGACGGAGCCUAUCAGAUUGUGCUCGGAAUUGGCAUCAACGCUACAAACCCUCGUCCUACAACGUCGAUUUCAGAUCUUUUGCCUCCCACAGCUGAGCCGUUUCACUUGGAGACACUUCUUGCGCGCAUCCUGACCCGUAUCGAAGCAAUAUACGCACAGUUUCGGCGCGAAGGGUUUUCGGCGGAUCUGGAGGCUCGCUACUACCAACACUGGCUUCACACUGGUCAAAUGAUUUCACUAGAGCAAGAAGCAGGCGCGAAAGCCAAGGUCAUCGGCAUUUCGAAAGACUGGGGUAUGCUCAAAGUCCAAGAGGUAGAUCGGUCAGGCAGAGCUACAGGCCGUGUCUGGUCUCUCCAAAGCGACGAGAACAGUUUCGACUAUUGGAGGGGCCUUGUAAGACGAAAAGAGUAACAAAUAUACAAGAAAGAUGA